AUGUCGCUUUAUGAUAAAUACAUACGUGCAGCUGAGGAAGUUAUUGGUUUAGAAGAGAUAUUAUUACAAGCUGAUCUUUCAUCUUAUUCUGUUGAUGCAUUUGAUUUUGAACAAAAUGAACUGAGACACAUGUAUGGAGAUUGUUCUCACGCAAACAAUUGUUCCAAAUGUAAAAAGAAACAUCACACAUUGAUGCACAGGGAAUUUGUAACACAAAAUAAACAAAAUGUUCAACCAAGUACUGCAAUAAAUACAAAUAAUCAGGAAAAUAUUUCACGACAAGUACAGUCCACAGAAACUGCUGGUCCAUCUGGAGUAGUCCAGACUCAUCACACAUCAGCUUGCAAGAAGGUUAUGUUAGCUACAGCUUGGCUUAAUAUUACAAAUCUGGGCUCUACAUAUAAAGUAAGAGCUUUAAUAGAUCCAUGUUCGGACGAAAGUUUUGUUUCUGAAAAAAUUCAAAAAUUAUUAAGGUUGCCCACUGUUCCUACUUUUGCUGAAGUCACAGGUUUAGGAGGUGAAAUUAUUAGCAAAUCAAAUAAAACAGCCACUUUCAUAAUUAGUUCCCUUAUAAAUAAAAAUGCAUCACUUCAUGUACAGGCUUUAGUAGUUCAUAGAGUUACAGGAAAUGUGCCAACACAUUCAGUCACACACAUAGAAAACAUUAAAUUGCCUAAACUUAAUUAUGCAGACCCAGAUUUCUUUAAGAGUAGUGAAGUUGACAUAUUAUUAGGAGGUGACUUAUAUCCUUCAAUUAUAUGUAAUGGAGUAAAACAUGGCAUUUUUGGGUCACUUGUAGCCCAAGAAACUAUUUUCGGCUGGGUUGUAACAGGUCCAACCACGAGUAGUCAAAAUCAAAAAAAAAUUACAUUAUCUCAUCUUACAAAAGUUUCAAUUGAUGAACAGUUGUCCAAAUUUUGGGAACUAGAAGAGGUGUCUACCAAGAAAAUAUUGUCAGAAGAAGAUAAAAUAUGCGAAGAUAUAUAUCGUAGUACUACAUUAAGAAAUCCAGAAGGCAGAUAUAUUGUUAGUCUUCCAUUUAAACAUAACAAUAUAACGCUUGGUCCUAAUAGACACAUUGCAUUAAGUCAAUUUUUACGCAAUGAAAAAUCUCUUAUACGUAAGCCAGAAUAUAAAGAGAUAUAUGAUGAGGUCCUAAAGGAAUAUAUAACAUUGGGACAUAUGGAAGCUGUAAAGGAUGCUUCAUGUAGUCCAAGUUAUUAUUUACCUCAUCAUGGAGUAUUUAAACCUGAGAGCACAACUACAAAAUUAAGAGUAGUUUUUAAUGCCUCAAGUGUUUCGCCAAAUGGAAAAAGUCUAAAUGAUAUGUUGCACAUAGGCCCUAUUUUACAAAAUGACCUUGUGACUCUAAUUUUAAAGUGGCGAUUUUUCAAAUUUGUAUUUAACGCUGAUAUAUCUAAAAUGUACAGACAAAUUUUGCUUAAACCUGAACACAGGUCAUAUCAAAGGAUUGUUUAUCGUAGUUCAGAAAAAGACGAUAUUGAAGAUUAUCAGUUAAAAACAGUCACCUUUGGCGUAAACUGUGCGCCAUAUUUGGCACUGAGAACUCUUUUACAGUUAGCUUCAGAUGAAGAAAAACGUUUUCCUGUUGGCUCUAAAAUUCUACGAGAAUCAAUGUAUGUAGACGACGCACUGGUAGGAACUCAUACAAUUCCAGAUGCGUUAGUAGCCCGAGACCAGUUAAUAGAUAUCUUAGAAACAGCAGGAUUUGAAUUAAGAAAGUGGACAUCAAAUACGAAAGAAAUCUUAAAUAGAUUCCCUAUUGAUCACCUGUUGAAUUCUUCCUUUUUGUGUCUCGAUGAUAAAUCCACAGCCAAAACAUUAGGAGUUCGUUGGAACGCUGCUGAAGACACAUUUUACUUUGUUACUGAAGAAAUAAUUGUAAAAGAAUCAUACACUAAAAGAGAGGUAUUAUCAAUUAUAGCACGUAUAUUCGAUCCCGCAGGAUGGUUGGCCCCUGUUGUAAUAACAGCAAAGAUUUUAUUGCAACAAAUGUGGCUCGACAAGAUAAACUGGGAUGAAAACAUAAAGCCUGUGGCUCUAAGGAAUUGGCAGACCUUUCUCAUUAAUUAUAACAAUUUGGGUACUUUAAGAAUUCCACGGUGGAUUAAAUACUACCCAAGUUGUAAGAUUGAAUUUCACGGGUUUUGCGAUUCAUCUGAAUUAGCUUAUGCUGCAACAUUAUACGUAAGAAUUCAAGUAGAUGAUAAAAUUUUUUCAAACUUGUUAGUAGGGAAAACAAAAGUGGCUCCAAUAAAAAAAAUUUCAUUACCACGAUUGGAAUUGUGUGGUGCGGUUUUAUUGGCAAAAUUAGUUAACAGUGUUUUACCCCAUUUUGAUCUCAAUCCCUGUAAUAUUUAUUUAUGGUCCGAUUCGACAAUAGUUCUAGCGUGGUUAAAAAAACCACCUUGUAACUGGAAGACAUUUGUCGCCAACAGAGUGGCCACCAUUUUAGAAAAGGUUGGAAACAAAAACUGGCAGCACGUAACGUCUAAGGACAACCCUGCUGAUCUAGCAACCCGGGGGCUAAUGGCUUCGGAGCUGAAAGAAAUGAGUCUUUGGUGGCAUGGCCCAGCAUGGCUGACCUCAGCGAAAGCAUCGUGGCCCGUAAGUCAACAUGUCCCAGAAACUUCAGAAGAGAUAAGAAGCAGCCAGGUUUAUGUUGCUAGAUCAUUGGAAAUUGAUAUUUUGGAUAAUUUUUCAUGUUUGUCGAAGGCGUAUCACGUCAUAGCAUACAUAUUUAGAUUUGCAACUAAUGCGAGGAAAUGUAAAACAAAACAUUUGCAUUAUGAAACAUUAAAAAUAUCCGCUCAGGAGUUGACCUUUGUAAGAAACCGUUUAUUUCUUGUAUCCCAACAAAUUCAUUUCCCAAAAGAGGUCAAUUGUUUAAUGAAACAAAAGAAACUUGACAGCUCCAGUCCUUUACUAACACUGACUCCAUUUUUAGAUAACAAUAAUAUUGUCCGAGUUAAUGGUCGUCUUUGUUACACUAAUAGUUUGUCUUAUAAUGAGCGUCAUCCCAUUAUAUUGGCGUACAACAGUAGAUUAGCUCGAUUGUACGUAGAAUUUAUACAUAAAUUAGUUCAUCAUGGUGGUCCUCGUUUAGUUCUAAAUGUGGUCCGUCAAGAGUGUUGGAUAUUGAAGGCCAAGAACCUAAUAAAAACUGUAAUCCAUAAUUGCAAAAUCUGCGUCUUACACCGGAAGAAAUUACAAGGCCAGAUAAUGGCUCCAUUACCUGAAGAAAGAACCACAAUAAGCCGACCAUUUGUCAACACUGGUGUGGAUUUUGCAGGGCCAUUUGAAAUCAAAAGCUUUACUGGUCGCUAUUGCAAAAUCACUAAAGGGUAUCUAUGUCUUUUUGUUUGUUUCUCAACUAAAGCGGUUCAUCUUGAGGCGGUUAGCGACCUAUCCACUCCUGCCUUUAUGGCUGCCUUUUCACGAUUUGUCUCUCGUCGUGGUUGUCCAAGCAAAAUGUUCUCCGACAACGGUCGAAAUUUCGUAGGGGCUGCUAAACAAAUAGAUUUAAAUUUUGAAAAAUACAUUAAAGAAUUUCGGGAUGAUGCAGUAUCAAAAUAUGUUCAUCAACAACUAUCGUGGCACUUUAUACCAGCUUCAACACCACACAUGGGAGGCCUCUGGGAAGCGGGAGUAAAAAGCGUUAAAACACAUUUUAAGAAGAUAUCAGGUCAGAUCAAAUAUACGUUCGAAGAAUUUUCCACUAUAUUAGCAAGUAUCGAAGCAUGUCUUAACUCCCGUCCUUUAGGACCUUUGCCAGAUAGCCCUGAUGAACCUGUAGCUCUCACUCCUGCCCAUUUUCUUAUAGGCUCUGCCAUCAUUACGCCCCCAGAACCCGAAGAAAUACAACCAGCUAUUAGUAUUGUAAACCGUUGGCGUAAAAUUAAAGCUAUGUCACAAGAAUUUUGCCGUCGUUGGAAGGAUGAAUAUUUAAAGCAGUUACACAAGAGAAGCAAAUGGAAGUCUCCUCAGGUUGAUAUUAAAGAACAAGAUCUCGUGGUUCUAAAGACUGAAUCCAUAGGCUCCACUGAAUGGCGAUUAGGUCGAGUCGUAAAG